AACAAGCCCUACGUUCUCACGUUUAAAACGCGCUUAUUUAUUCCAGGAUCAAUAUAUAGCCAUUCUAAAGUAUUUUAGUGCGUCUGUCUUUCAUUACUUUUAAUCGCGUCCCCUUCAUUUGCAGAUAGUAGCGUCCUUAAAAAUGCCCCGGACUGCUUUCUUGGUAUAGUUUACGUACUUCUGAUUGACUAUUGGACUGCCCAAUCAGAAAAUACCAUAAGCUUAGCAACAGCAAAGUUAUACUCUUAUCCAAUCAACAAAGAGGAGGGUGGGCUUUAGUGUAGUCAAGAUCCUAACACUUGAUUGGUUUAUAUGCUCGUCAGUUAUCGUAGACUUGUGGGCUAUGUAGUUUGAUGUGCAGUCCUCCGCCAGUGUUGCGCUGAAAUCCAAACCACAUGUCCCACAAUCCAAUAGGCGUCGCGAGCAGCAGCAUGCGCACGGCUGGAGGCGGAGCCACUAUAUAAGCACGAGCUCCCUCUUCUUGAGUAGCACACUGGACACUGUUGUGACGGCGGAACACAGUCUCCGGGUGAACGAAAGCUCUGACAGCGUCGAAACAGUUAAUGGUAGUUAGCGACAGUUGCUCUGACAAACCCUUGGAGGAGUAACAAGUGUUUACUGUUCGGAAGUUUACUUUAACUUUGCGAGAGUUUGUUUUCAAACGUGAUAUUCAAACUUUUUUUGGUGACUCCUGCUCAUUCUGGAAUACGUAUAUUUUGUUCAAAUUUAAGUUUUUUUUUAAACGAACUUUUAAGCUCAGUUUUGAGAGCAUGAGCAUAAUUUAAAAUGCGCUGAAGCGGAGCCGGCAGAGCGGAUGAUCAGGAUGACAGAGCCAGUGGAGCAGACCCAUCACCUGAAAACUUCAGGCAGCCCAUCAGGUGGGAGCAGCGGAGCCGCUUUGGAGCAUCUCCCAGCCAGCAACCGUGGUAGGCCAGAGGACGGCGACAGGGGGCGACAGAGAGACCACAAGCAGCAACAGCGGGCGGAGAACUGUGAGGAUAUCAACACAGACAAGUUAUGGCAAAUGAAAGGCGAACAGAGGGGGGUGUGUCCUGCCUUCGCAGCCGGAAACGAUCGCACAAAGUGCCCGAUUGCACCUCAGCCUCUCCAGAAACCCGAUGUUCUUGCAGCAGGCGACGGUAAUCACACCUCACAGGGAAACGGCGAAGACGAACCGCUGGAGGAGACUUUGAGCCAGGUGCAAGAGGAGUUGCAUAUCGACUCCGACACUGGCUUAGAUGCGCGCCUGGGCAAGAAGAGGCACAGGCGUCGGACCUCCAGGAAGAAGCGCCACUGGAAGCCUUAUUUUAAACUUUCCUGGGAGGAAAAGAAAGCCCUGGAUGAGAGAGAGACUGAAAGGGCUUCCCGGUUAAGAGAGGAGAUGUUCGCCAAAGGGCUCCCAGUGGCCCCCUACAACACCACCCAGUUCCUGAUGGAUGAGCACGACCGAGAGGAGCCCGACCUGAACACCGAGACCGGGGUCAGGCGGCCCUCGGGGGUGGGUGGGCGCAUGGAAGACACGGGCAGCGAGGAGGACUUUUUCGAUAACGAGGAAGAGGAUGAUGAUGACGGCAGCGGCGGAGGUAGCGACGGCAUCGGGAGGCCCGGAAACGCAGGUGGGGAGUUUCUCCAGAGAGACUUUUCCGAGACCUACGAGAUGUACCACGUCGAGAGCCUGCAGAAUAUGACCAAGCAGGAGCUGGUGCAGGAGUACCUGGAGCUGGAGAAGUGCAUGUCCCGGUUGGAGGAGGAGAACAACCGGCUGAGGCGCGCCGUGGAGCCCGGGGGUCUGACCGUGGAGAGCUCCCUGGUCCGGCUCAGAGAGCUGGAGAGAGAACUGGAGAGACUGAGGGCCCAAAACACGGAGCUCCUUCUGCAAAACCACCCGAGCAAAGACAGGGGCCAGGUCGCUACCAACUAAGGACACAUGUCAAGUAGGGAAAAUCCCUUAAAAAACACGGGACUACUGCAUUUAAAAUAAUGUCAUCCGUUUUCUGUAAUCUGUUUGUCAUCUGGACGACAAAGUCCUUGCAUUGCAAUGCAAUACUUGACGUUUCUUUUCUAUUUGGACUGUAAGGGUGUCCUGUUCAUUUUUCAUUUUUCAAGAGGAAAUGUAAAUAUUUCAAAAAAAUAAGAAUUUUUUUUGUAAAGAGUUGUAUUUGACAACACGAGAGUAUUUAGUUUGUUUUCCUGCUCAACUAUAUCCAUUGACAUAAAUACUGGAUUUUUGAAUUUUAAAACAAACAUUGUAUGUUGCAUUUCCCACUCAGAAAUUGAAUAACAAAUUUGCAGCUAAUUGGGCCGGAUUGCAAAAGAUUGUUUUGCAGGAUAAAAUUUUAACAGUUGUGUGUUAACAUAAGUUCAAAUAAAAAUUUUGAAAUUCUGAUUAUAA